GGCCCGUCUCAGCUGAGAUGGCUCAGCUCCUCGGAGAGACAAUUUUCCCUCCGUCCGGUAGAUGGCAGUGUGAAGUCUGCGGCUGCCUCAUUGCCGUACGGAAUCGCUGCGGCUGUCGAUGACGUUGCUCUUCAGAUGAGUUGAGAAGCUGCCUGGUCGGUCGUUGGUCGGCCUGCGCUCGGCUCGCUCCUGGACGUUUGCAGCAACAUCCACAUUUUCUGCCUUGGACACCAGAUCAGAGGCCCAACGCUACACAUUCGGUCCUCAAAAGGCGCAUCAGAAGUGCCACCAUAACUGAAUCGAAGACCAUGGAUCAGAUUUCAGUGAUCGUGAAAGAGGAGGAGCUUGAGGAGGAACAGGAGGAGGAAGAGGAAGAAGAAGAAGAUGAGUAUGAACAGGUGAUCGUCAAAGUGAAAGAGGAGCCCAUUGACAAGAUGUUAUCUUACCUUGAUGACGACGAAGAAGAGGAGGAUGAUGACGACGACGAGCUGGGGGAAGAGCCUGAGCAAAUGAAAGAGGAGGCCUGUAACGUGUGGGCAGUCCGCGUGAAAGAAGAAGAGUGCGAGAUGCCUGUCGCGGAAGAGGGCGGCCCGAUGAUGGUGAAGGAGGAGGAUUUCAAGUCCGAGUCUCUCCGCGAAAACACUUUUCCUGGUGCGGCGGGGACGGGUGGCUCGAAUGCCCCUCUGAGGAGGCGGGAGGAGCAACCUUCAUCUUCUGCACUGAGGCGAAAGAGAGGAGAAGUUGCCGAAAGUCUGGAUGACCUCAACGUCAUGGUGAUUCCCACCGACUUUCCAGAAAGUGAGGACGCCUAUUUUGAUUCCAGAUCGGGAACUCCUUACCAGCAUGACAACCUCCAAAAUGGCAGGAAUCAGGACACCACAGCCGAUAACGAGUUUAACGAUAACACCAAAAAUUUUUAUGAGUGUGCGGACUGUGGGAAGAAGUUCUUGCAAAAGCGUUACCUCAGCAUACACGAGAGAAGUCACACCGGGGAGAAGCCGUACCACUGCAAUGAUUGUGGAAAGUCAUUUGCAUGUAAAGCGUAUCUCCAGACGCACCAGAAGAUUCAUGCCGGAGUGAAGCCAUACUGCUGCAGUGAGUGUGGCAAAACAUUCACACACAAGAGUUACCUUCGGCAGCAUCAGCGCAUUCACACCGGCAAGAAGCCGUACUGCUGCACCGAUUGAUGAAAAGCGUUU